AUGGAUGGCUUUUCUAACAAGUCGAACGAGGUUCGAGCGAAAUGCAGAGCCCGUUGUCGCAAGAAGCUUGCACAGCACAUCGAGCAACAGCUAGGGUUCCGGAUUGAUCCCCUAGAAGUCAGGCUUAUCACCAGCUCGGACGACCCUUAUACGUGGAGCUACAUGCCAGAGAAGGCGCACUUGUUCCAAAAACAUUUGAGUAAACAUACGAUGGGUGCAUGCGUAGAACUUUACGACGAGGUUGGCAAAACAUUUGAAGCAGUUCGUACAGCUGCUGCACCGCAUGAUAUAUUUGAUUGCCAGACAGAGGUAGACGUUAGCUUUACAAGCACGAUCAAGCAGUUGGAGCAGAAUUAUGCAUUACUGCAGCAAGAACAUAAUCGGGUAGUCGAGGCGUGCGAGCGUUGGCAAGCACAAGCAACGAAGAAUGGGCAGCUCAGAGAGAACAUGGAAAAUGAGCUUGCGGCCAAGAAGACCGACCUGGAGUCCGCCUACUCUGUAAUUCGAGACUUGCGCCGGCAGUUGGAGAAGUUACAGGGACAGAAGGCUAGUUCUGUGCAACAACUUGACGAGAUUUCCAAGAUGCUGAAUAACAUCAGAUCUGGAUUGUGUACUGUUGCUGAACCUGUUACCACGUGA